GCUGCCUCAGACGGUCAAAUCCAUUUAUUUCUCAUCAUUUCCCCACUUUCCUGAUCUCCUUCUCGACACAUCUAGUUUUUGUUCACCGUGAAAUAUGACAAUGGCUGCUUCACUCUGGCUUGCUUUCUCUUUGUUGCUUACUGGCUGUGCUUUAGGUGCUAAACCUUUUGAAGGGUACCUUGGCAAUGGCAACUUUGAGGAACAACCCAAGCCAAAAGACCUCAAGAAAACAGUCCUCAUUGGAAAGUACGCACUACCCAAAUGGGAAAUCAACGGUUUAGUCGAGUACAUCUCCGGUGGGCCACAGCCCGGCGGCAUGUUCUUCCCAGUGGCUCACGGCGUCCACGCCGUCAGGCUGGGCAACGAGGCCUCGAUAUCGCAGACUAUCCCCGUCAAACCAGGCACCCUUUACGCUCUGACAUUCGGUGCAUCACGAACCUGUGCCCAAGAUGAAGUUCUGAGAGUCUCCGUGCCUCCCCUGUCCGGUGACCUUCCGCUGCAGACACUGUAUAGCAGCAAUGGCGGGGAUGUUUAUGCCUGGGGGUUCAUAGCCAAGUCUAAAUUUGCUAAAGUGAUAUUCCAUAACUCUGGAGUUCAAGAAGAUCCUGCUUGUGGUCCUCUGAUCGAUGCUGUUGCUAUCAAGGAACUCAUCCGUCCGAUACCCACAGCAGGUAAUUUGGUGAAGAACCCAGGAUUUGAAGAGGGUCCUCACCGCCUUGGAAACUCCACAAACGGCGUCCUUCUUCCUCCCAUGCAGGAGGAUUUCUAUUCCCCACUCCCUGGAUGGAUAAUCGGAUCCCUUAAAGCCGUGAAAUUUAUCGAUUCCAAGCACUUCAAUGUCCCUACUGGAAACAGCGCGGUGGAGCUACUCGCCGGAAGAGAAAGCGCUGUCGCUCAAAUUCUCAGAACAGUUCCUAACAAAACCUACAACCUCACUUUCACCAUCGGAGAUGCGAAGAACGGUUGCCAUGGAAACAUGAUGGUGGAGGCAUUCGCAGGGAAGAAUACCCUGAAAGCUCCCUUCAAAUCGAGUGGGAAAGGUGAAUUCAGGACUGCAAGCUUCGAAUUCAAAGCCAUUGCUGCCAGAACCAGAAUUACGUUCUACAGUUCGUUCUACCAUACCAGGAUUGAUGAUUUUGGCUCUCUCUGUGGUCCUGUCCUCGAUGAAGUUAGGGUUUUCCCAGUUGCCUAAAUGUCACAUUUAUAAACAAAAUUUUUAUUAAAAACUUCGUCUUAGCUAUCCAGAUACAGAUUUAAUGUCUAAUAGAACUGGAAUUGAAGCCGUCGAUCAAACCUUUCUUUA